CGCCCCGCCAUGGCGGCCCCGCGCCGCGCCUGGCUCGUGUUCGGCUUCAGCCUGGAGGAAGCGGCGGGGGAGCCGAGCCCGGGCCCGGGCCCGCGGCGGCUGGAGCCGGGUCCCGGCAGCAUCCGCCGCGUGUGGCCCGCCUGGAGCUACGUGGUCGUGGAGACCGGAGCGGGGCUGGAGCUGCGGAGCGCGGGGCGGCGGCGGCGGCUUCGGGGCUGGUCCGAGGCGCUGCCCUCGGAGACGCAUCUGGUGCUGCGGCGGGCGGCGGCGGCCGGGGCCUGGCGGCGGGAGGCGGCGGUGCGGGGGCCGCGGGGGCUGCGGGGGCCGCCCGCCUGGAGCCGCGCGCUGCCCCCGGGCCCGGCCCCGCCGCUGCCGCUGCUGCCCGACGGCUUCGCCACGCCGCGGCCACCCUUCUUCGGCGCUCUGCCCGCGGGGCUGCGGGCCCGGCGCCUGGCCCUGGGACACGAGCACGCCCUGGCGCUGGGCGCCGGCGGGGAGGUCUACGCCUGGGGCAGCGGCAGGCAUGGGCAGCUCGGCCACGGGACGCUGGAGCCGGAGCAGCAGCCGCGGCUGGUGGAGGCGUUGGCCGGCGUGGCCAUGCAGGCGCUGGCGGCCGGCGGCUGGCAUUCGGCCAGCGUGAGCGAGGCCGGAGACCUUUACGUGUGGGGCUGGAACGAGUCGGGGCAGCUGGCGCUGCCGUCCAAAGCGCUGGCGGAAGAGCGGGCAGGGGAUGAGGCCGCGGGUGCAGGUGAGGGUGCUGCUGCCUGGGCCCCUCAGCCGGACGGUGAGGACGCCGCGUUCAUCUCCAUCCAGGCGCUGCCGGCGCUGCUGGAUCUGCCGCAGGACCCGGAGGUCAGCAGCGUCAGCUGCGGGUCCCGGCACACGGCCGCUCUCACACGAGGCGGUGAGCUCUACACCUGGGGCUGGGGUAAAUAUGGGCAGCUGGGCCACGGGGACACGGCCAGCUCUGACCAGCCCCGCCGUGUUGAGUACCUGGUGGCCGAGGGGCUGCGGGCAGAGGAGGUGGUGUGCGGGCCCUGGACCACCUACAUCUGCGUGCUGGAGCCAUGAGGGCCCUGAAGACCCCCACCAUGGUUGCCUGGACUGAGACAGAGGUGGUACAGCUGCCACUGCUCCCUCACAUACUCCAUGAAUUGCUGCCCCUUCACCAGGAAAGCCCCCUUGUGCUCCUGCUCCCAGGCCUGGAUCCUGCUCUCCAGCUCCUCCUGCAGCUGAGGACAGGGGGGCAGUGUAGAGGCUGCCCUCCUGAACACAGCACCUCUGCACCCAGAGAUGCCUUGUGGGCUGCGCUUCUCAGUGCUACACAGACCUAUCUAGGACUGCAGCUCCUUCUCCAGGGCUGAACCUACCUUGGAAAGAGUCUUCUGUAGCUUUCCUCGCUGCUUCUCUUCCUUCAGCAGAUUCCCCCCACGGUUGGUGAAGCGACUGGGGUCAGUUGCUUUCCUCUAGCACAGAAGGGAGAUCAGAGAAGAACCAAACACCACCCACUCUCACAGCCCAACACACCCCACAGGAUACAGCCCUAGAGGGGCCAUCCCCACUGCACAGCCCUAUUGCAAACCACACCAGUGCUCUUGAUCCAGCAUCCCACCUCCUCGCCCACCCACAGCAGGUUCCUGCUGCCUUCCUGAUCUUUCCCAGCAGCACUUUGCACAGGCAAGCAGGAGCAUGUGCUGCCCAGUGACCCCACAUUGAGCCAGGCAGAGCACAGUCCUGCCCAGACACUACCUCCAGCUCCAGGAACAGCUUCCAACUAUCCUCCCAUUUCUGGACAGCCUCAAACAGCUCUUUAUGUGCUUCAUAAUAGCCCUUUAUCUUCCCGACUUCCAUAUCGUGGAGCUCAAGCAAGGUCUCCGUAUAGUCCUCUGAAGAGGGUACAAUAAACAGCACGUUCAGGAGACAACCAGGAACCCCAGGGCUCUGUGAGCCCAGGGCAACCCUUCUUGGCAGCCAAGGAGCAGGAAGAGCCAGCACCCACCAUCGUAAUAAGGGCUGAAGACUUCCCUUUGCUCCUGACUGUAGAAGCAUUUGUCCCAGUAGUCAGCCAGCUCUACUCGGAUUGCCUGGACCACAGUUUUCAUGUUCUGCAGCUUCAUUUCCUCCAGAUGGUCCACUUCCAGCUGCAGCUGCAAAGGAGAUCAGAGCACAGACUCAGAGAAGGCAACAGAACAGGAUUUGUCCUCUGUCUAAACUACUUUCUAACUCAAAGCCAGCACCGCUUCCAGCUCCUCAAGCCACAACAGCAGGCUCUGGGCUGCUCGCCCUGCACCUGACAGCUGGAAGCAGCUCCUCUGCUCCAAGCAAACGGGAGCAGGAACCCCAGAGCCGCCACUCUGCAGCCCUCCCCACCAAGAGCAGGAGAUGGUCCUUACAGCUUUCCUGGUUUUGGCUCUGGAACCAGCGAUGUGCACUGCAGAAGACUCUCUGUCCUCCACAGGAACCUGCAGCCUCUCCCACAGCGCAACGAUCCUGGAGCGCAGCUCCGCACACGCAGCCUCGUUCAGGGCUCGUUGGGCCUCCAGCUGCGGGAGGGAGCACGGUCAGCACAGCCCCAAGGGCCCCCUUUGCUCAGCCCCCCGGCUCUCCCCGCUGCCAGGGUGCUUAACACACACAGCCUCACCACGAGCCCUGCCCAGCCCCUGCAACUCACCCGCUGCAGCAGGCUCUGGAGGGCUGCCAUGUUGUCCUCAGACAAGCAGAAGGCUUCCUCAUCCUCACACACCACGUCCUGCUCAAAGCUCACGUCUGGAGUGUGGUCCAGCUCCUCCAUCAGCAGGAUGAUUUGCCGCCUGACGGUGACAAACUCCUCUCUCCUUCGCUCCUGGAGAUGCGGAGAAGCAUUAUUGGCAGGCAAGUGCAGGCACUGCCCUGGCACGGCCGCAGCCCUGGUCCUCCCUGCUCACCUUCUCAAUCGUCAGGGCUGCCACGUGGCGCCGGUACCGGUCCAGGUCAUCCAGGCUGGGCACGGCCACACUGUCGAUGGAGAAGGGAUCUGCGCCAAGGAUGUCACACAAGUCUCGGUCUUGUUCUUGCAGGGUUUUCAGCUCCUGCUUCCUGUCUUUUUUCUGCUUCAACAUUGAUUCCACGUGAGUGCGCAAGUUCUUUUCCAUCUGGAGAAUGCUGCAUUUUUCCUCUACCUGGAAAAGCCCAGAAGUCAGUUCUCUUCUUCACAACCCAUGCAGACCAAACUCUCAUGUUUAGGCUCAUGAAACAAAGACUGGGACACAGACCCUAGUUCUGAGCAAGGCAUUCCCCUGAAGGCACAAACACAGCAGCAGCACAUAAGAUGAGGUGCUGCAACAUUCCUGUCCUCCUCACAGUCACCCUCAGCACCCACCCUGCGAGUUGUCACAAAGCCUGCAUCUGUCUCAAGCCUCUGGUAAAGGGGUUCUGAGCAGGUAUUUGCCUUGUGAGCCCUGGCCUCGCUGAUACUCCCGGGCAGGCACCAGGCAGCAGCAGAGGCCUGUUGCCAGCAGGAUCCGGGAAGUGAAAAGCAACAUCCUACCUCUAAGGGGUCCAGCUGGAGCUCGCUGCAGAGGGUGUCAAGCUCUUUCCGACACAUCGCGAUGCUCUUCAGGAGACGCUCCUUCAGACGCUCCUCCUCCGCAACCAUCAGGUCCAGGAGGCUCUGCGGCACAGUCAGGGUGUGAGGGGGCCGGCCCGCAGGGAUGGAGAGCGAGAAGGGGCGGUGCAGGGAGAGCGGGAACGGCGGCGGGGCCGCAGCUGGAGAACUGCGGCCGGGGGCUGCGGAUGGGGCAGACAGCGUAGUGCCCACUGCAGGUGCCCGGCAGGGCCGAGACGGGCCUCGGACACACCCCCGGCGGCUCCCGCUACACUGGGCUGGCCCCGCACUCGCAGCCUGAGCCGAGGCUCCGGGCGAGCUGCGCGGUCCCGGGCCGGGGGGACUCUCGCUGCGGCUGCGGGCCCAGCGUCCAUUGGGCGUGGAGCCCGGCAGCGGUACCCCGGGCGACCACCCCUCACCUUGAUGUGCUUCUUGACCACCUCGGUGCGCUCCAGACGCUGCUCCUCGGGGAUGCCGAUCUCCUCCCAGAUGUCCCGCAGGGCCACCAUGGCGCGGUUCAGGCACGACACGGCCUCGGCCGCCAGCACCUCACUGAGGGCAGCGGCACCAACAGCCGUCAGCGGGGCUGCCGCCGGGCGGGGCUGGCGCAUGAGCCCCGGCUGCCCACCGCCCGCCACCCCAGUGCCCGGCCCCGGAUCCAGGCCCAGGCCCAGCCCCAGUCCCGGAUGCAGCCCCCCGCCCGGCCCCCGGCCCCGGCUGCGGCCCCCGGCCCCGCACCUCCUCCUCAUGGCGGCGGCUCCGCUCUGCGCCGCAGCCGCUCCGCCGAUUCAAACUCUCCUCCGAGCGCGCGCUGAUUGGGUGCCGCCUGGCCCCGCCCACAACCGCCGCUCUCGCGGCUGGCCCCGCCCCAAGCCGGACGCCAGCCAAUAGCGGCGAGACGCCUCGCGGGUUUUUAACCAAUCGGAAGCGAAACCGGCAACCGCCCGGCGCGCGACGGGUGUUUGGCAGCGGCCACGUGACAGCGCGCGGGAGCCCCCCCGAGACCCCGCGCCCCGCCAGCACGAGCAGCGGCCACAUCCGCGCCAGGACACAGCUUUAUUGGCGCGGGGGGGCGCCUGAGCCCCCCGCCCCGCCGCGGCUCAGGUCUUGGCCUCGAUCAUGGCCUCCAUCAUGCGGGCACUGUUGGUGAUGGCCGUGGUCAGGAAGAUGAACUUGCAGCCUGCGGGAGAGGCUCUGCCAGUGCAGCCCCGAGCCGCACGGCCCUGGACCACUGCUGGACUGGAGCCGUGAUCCUGGACGGCAGCACUGCCCCCUGCCCGCCCCCUGCCCCGCAGCACCGCCCCCUGCCCCGCAGCUCCUACCUCUCUCCUUCCCCAGGAACCGCAGUGCAGCGAUCUCGGAGAAGGUGCAGCCCCCCAGGAACACGGCCAGGAUGACACGCUGUGACUCCCAGGAGGGGUUGUCCUCCACGGUGCUGUCUGUACAAGGCACAGACCUGUUGUACCCAGCAGCCCUAGGCCCCCCCUGCCCCAAGCCUGGCCCCGGCACUACCUGACACAGCAAACUCAUUGCCGUUGAGCAGCCGCACCACCUCCUCCAGGCCCAGCCAGCCCCGGCGCUCCAGCACCUGAGGGACAGAGCAGGGCUCAGGCUGGGGCUGUGGGGCAGGGCUCAGGGGCAAGACCCUGGAGGCACCCACUAGCUGCAGAACACUGCCAGCCCUGGCCCCAGCCCCGGGCAGCAGGACCCCACCAGCCCCUGUGAGCAGGCUGGGCUUGGGGGGCCAUGUGUGGGGCUCACCUGCUCGAUGAUCUUGCAGCUCAGGGGCACGUAGGCCCCGCUGAACACAUAAGCCAUGUCCCGAGGCAUUUUCAGGUCGUACUCCCCAUCCACCCUUGGGAUCUGCAGGAACAGGCAGUGCUGGGGGUUGCAGGACCAGCCCACUCGGGGCUUCACUGACCCCCCAAAAGGGGCAGACCCUCAGAGCAAACCCCUGGCUGCAGCCCAUCCCACGGCCCAGUGCCCAAACACGGUGUCUGGGAGGGCUGUGCAUCAUUGGAGCUCCCCCUCUGUCCUGGAGCAAGGCCAGAGAGCUGCACUCCCUGCACAGGGACAGGCAGCUGCAUGCAGCUGGAGGGGAGCAGGAGUGUUUGUGGGGGCACGGUGAGCCCUGGCCCCUGCACCUAACCCUCUGCCAGGCCAGUGGGGCCAAUGAGAGCAGCCCAGAAGUCCAGUGACCCCUGUCCUGUGCUGCCUGGGGUGGCAGGAGCAGCUCUGCCCUGUGCAUUGUGUGUCUCUGGGGAUGCUGAGCCUUGAGAGAUGCGCAUGGGCACAGACCAACUGGAGCUCCACUGGCAGCAGCAGGCAGCACGGCAGCCCCACAAUGACGUACCAAACCCAGCUUCUUGCUUAUGGCUCGAAAAUUGCUCUUCCUUGCCAAAGAAUUAAAUGCAUCUGUGAUCUUUCCUGGGAAACAAGACAAGGAGAAACAGCUCAGAACCCAUGGCCCUGGCUGUAGCAGCAGCUCUGGGGACACGCUGUGCCUGCAUCAUCUGCCACACGCUUCCAUCUGCAGGGGCAGGACUGUGAC